GUAUGUAUGAGCGCGUGAACCGCACCACGGCCGCGCGGAGUGAUUCGGCUGGGGCUACAUCCAGGCGCUGCCCCAUCACUUCGGCUUUCUUUCGCUGCUCAGGCUAAGAUUUAACCGGGGGUCGCGCUAUAGCCGUGGCUGCACAUAGAAACACUAUAGUUAAGUCCGUUUAGCUAAGCUAUAUUUACAUCGUCCGCAGCACUACAACCCAGUAAUCUUAAUUUGAGGUUUUUAAAUAGAAAUUUGUAAAUUAAGAAAAAAAACGUAAAUAUGUCCUGGCAAGGCUACGUGGAUAACCUGAUGGCCGACGGCAGCUGCCAGGAUUCCGCCAUUGUUGGGUACACUGACGCCAAAUACGUCUGGGCAGCACAAUCCGGCGGUACUUUUAACAAUAUAACGCCUCAAGAAAUUGAUGUCAUAGUAGGAAAAGACCGUGAAGGUUUCUUCACCAGCGGUUUGACCCUUGGUCAGAAGAAGUGCUCCGUGAUCAGAGACAGCCUUCUAAUUGAUGGAGAUUGGACGAUGGACAUCAGGACAAAGAGUCAAACUGGAGAGCCAACAUACAAUGUUUCUGUAGGCAGAGCUGGCAGAGUCUUGGUUCUUGUAAUGGGCAAAGAAGGGGUCCACGGAGGCGGAUUGAAUAAGAAGGCAUACUCAAUGGCAAAAUACUUGAGGGAUUCAGGGUUCUAGUUUAGUCUGAUUUGAGUAGAUAUAGGGACAAAAAGAAGAAAAGAUUGCUGUUAAGAUUUCCCCUUCAAGCAGUUAACGUCUUGGAAAAAUUAAUAGCAAUGAAGGGGUGAUGGGGGUAAGAUCUCAUGUCACCUUUUUAAUCCCUGUGUUAGUGGGGAAAGACUUGUUUUUAUUUUCAGUUUUGAUCAUUUUUUUUCUUUUUUUUUGUUUUCUGUUCCCUUGUGUACUCCAGCGUUGGUUUUAGUCAUGGGAAAGCAAGGUGUCCAUGGUGGGCAACUCAACAAGAAAGCAUUUCACAUGGCUGAGUACCUGAGGAAGUCUGGAUAUUAAGCUGCCUCUCCCCUUCCCCCAUCCAUCUAGCGACGCAUUAUCAUCCACCUAUUGUGUUGACAGUACUACCAGACAUAGUUGGUAGAUGCUUGUUUUUUCUCCUCUUCAGCGACACCCCCCCCCUCCCCCCCCCUCAUCCUUUCCUCCCUUGUGUCCACCUUCAUUGAUACGCAUUAACACUGCCUACUCAACUCCAUUUUUCUGGCACUACUGUUGCACCGUGGUAAAAUAAGCAUGUUGUUGUGACAUUGCAAAAUAAAAAGGGUUGGAAAAAAAAAAUUGAAAAAUUUGGGGAAACUGAGAAAAAAAAAAUCUGAUUAAAUACCAGUUUGGGCGCUUUCUUAGGUAAACAUAGACCUGACAAGGGAAGGUGCUGGUAGUACAAUCUUAAACUGAUCAAUCCCUUUUGAGCGAUUACCAAGCUCAUAUAGUCUUCCUUUUCUAGAACUUGUCUGGGAGGGAAAACUGCAUGCAUAUGUUUGCUUUCUGAAGUUUUUUUUCCCCAUUCCUUUGACACCCCAUCACACACACACUACUUCUGCCAUCUCCUGAGCUGAAAUCUGUAUCAUUGCAGUGUUUUCCUGCCUGUUAGCAACACUCCAUCAUAAACUUUACUACAAUAACCCCCCCCAUACAUACAAACACUACUUCUACCAUCUCCUGAGCUGAAAUUUCUGUCAUUUCAGCGUUUUCCUGCCUGUUUGCAACACUCCAUCAGAUGCUUUACUUCAGUAACACCCCCACUCCCCACCACACACAUACAGACACACCCAGAGUUGCAGUAGUCUGCAUGGGAUGCUUCUGCUGAUGAACAUUGUCUUAGUUACUUGUCAGGUUGCCACGUUAUUCAGAGUGUAACGGCAAACCAGCAUUGCUGUGAUGCAGGUGUUUUACUCCCCGUGACCUUUUCUUUACAUCCCUGACUACAUCUCCAUGGACAUUCCACCGUUAUAAUAGCUCAGGCACUUAACCUUUGUUUGCCAGCUUCUGUAAUAUAAACUUUUUUUUUAUGUUGAAAGGCUGCCAUUUUGGACAAUUGAUGUAUCCCAACACAGCCAUCUGGAGUGUGUCCAGUUUGAAUUUUUUUCAUAGGACCAAUUUUAUUUGCAGCUUGUGGGAUUUACAGAAUUACUCUAAGUGUAAAGGAUGACUACUAGUUUCAUCUGUUUUGCUGUCUACAGAACUCUAACUUUUAAUACUCUAAUCAAAAGACAGUAAUGGAUACUACAAUUUGAGUAAAACAGAUGGAAUAACAGUCUCCUUAUUUGUCAGCAAGUGUUGGAAAAAAUGUUUGAAAUGAAUUGCAUUUUGUUCUGUAAGCCCACACUGUGGAGAACAAAACUGUGGAAGAAAUUGCCUUGUGCUCUAGUCAUCUACUAAGAUGUGGAAUCAGUCUGUCAAAGUGCAGUACUAAAUGUUUAUGUCCAAUAAAAAGGAAAACGCCCAGAAUAGUAUAACUGUGUACACUUAAUGGGAGAUGGUAUUGGUUGGAAUAAGAACACUUGGUUGUCUUGUGGGAACUUACUACACAAUCUGUCUUGUGCCAUAAUGUAGAGAGGUGAUCUGUUGCUAUUGUGAGAUGGAUUUAAACUGCUGUCCAGCAAGGAGUCAUUUGAAUAAGACUUCCUUAGGGGGUAAUUUGGCAUAAGCUGAACAUUUUCAGGCCUUGUGGAAUAUGUACAGAUUAAAACAAAACUUGUUGUUGAUUUAUGUUCUUUCCCUACACUUUCUUACAUCUUGGAUAGUCUAACUCGUCUGAUUCAAUAUGCAUUAAAAUGCCAUAAAUUGAUGACACCUUGUUUACAGACAGAUCAAAUAAAUUUAUUCCAGCCAGAUA